GAGCCCGCGAGCCCGCCGGCCGCUUCCGCUCUCACGCAAGCGCAGCAGCCGGGCAGCGGACGCCGGCGGCACGAUGGUUCUGGACAGCGUGGCCCGCAUCGUCAAGGUGCAGCUGCCCGCCUACCUCAAGCAGCUCCCGGUGCCCGAGAGCAUCACCGGCUUCGCCCGCCUCACAGUUUCAGAAUGGCUCCGCCUACUGCCCUUCCUUGGUGUGCUUGCCCUCCUUGGCUACCUUGCAGUUCGCCCCUUCUUCCCGAAGAAGAAACAACAGAAGGAUAGCUUGAUUAACCUUAAAAUACAAAAAGAAAAUCCCAAAGUGGUGAACGAAAUAAACAUUGAAGAUCUGUGUCUCACUAAAGCAGCUUACUGUAGGUGUUGGCGCUCCAAGACGUUUCCUGCCUGUGAUGGGUCCCAUAAUAAGCAUAAUGAAUUGACAGGCGAUAAUGUGGGUCCACUCAUACUGAAGAAGAAAGAAGUAUAACAGUAGCCAUUUAAGAUUGAAACUCUUGUAAUGUUCCCUUGUUUGUUGUGCAUAGAAAAGUCUUUGGAGGUUUUAACUAUCAAUACUUGUUGAAUAAUUAUUUCUGCCAAUUAUUUUCUUGCUACACUACUGCUUAUAUUUGAUACUUUAUAUUUUCAGUCCUUUAUGUAGAAAACAAAAGAUCAGGUCUUACUCUGAAAUCAAGAGUUAAUAUAUCUUUCAACAAUGAAGUCAGUACUUCAGAUUUUCAUUAAUUGGGAUUUUAAAGUUUGGCCAUAGGCCAAAAGUUAUUUCUCUGCAUAUCAGUAUUUCAACAGAAUGUAUAUAUUUUUAAAAAUUCUCCCCUGUCCUGUAAAAUGUAUUUUUAUACUGUUUUGUUUUGCUCAUUUGAAGUAGUUUGCCAUCCUCUGGCCUUUGUGGAACUCUUCUGUUUUUAGAUGAAUUAUGAAAAAUAUUGCCAUCAAGAAUUUCUUUGAGGCAAUAAAACCCCUUGUUUUAUAGAGAAUUUUGUCUCAUUACUAUGAUUUCCCAAUUCCUCAAGUAAAUCAGUUAUAAAAAUGUUCCAGUGAGAAACAAUUAUUUAUAUCGUAAAAAAAUUGAUACACCUUACAAACGGCUUGCUCUGUGUGUGUGUGUGUGUGUGUGUGUGUGUGUGUGUGAUGUGUUGUUUAACUUGGUGACAGCUGGGUAGCAAUAGCACUUACAGCUACAGUUUGAAGGUCAAUUAGAUAUUAAGUGUAUCUGAAUUUGCAUUAGAACGGCACAUAGUUCAUUGUUCAAUUAUGUUUUCUUUUUUUGUAAUCAGUUCUAGAGAAACAGGGCAACAUGAUGUCAAGUUACUUGUAAUCCACAGGAUUGAAUUUGCACAUUCUAAGAGAAAAAGUUUUGAUCUUUUUUAGAAGAGACAACUCCUUAUUACAUUAGCUUCACAAAAUGUAGAUAAACUAUUUGUGUUUAUAAUGGCAUAAAAAGGUCUGCUAAGGAUGAUGACUUGGAAAGCAAGGCUUAGUGCUUUUACUUUCCAUUUCUCUCCUGUUUCCCCCUAUCCCAAAAAACAUUUACAUACUUUUAAAUGACUUUUUAAAUCAAGACUUUGAAUAAAAUUGUCAAAGCACAAUUAAGGUUUUUAGGCCCAUAUGGUGAGGCCUUUGAUUGAUUGUGUAACGGCAGAUAGGAUGGCGUCAGCAUUGCAGGAAGCCCAGUGCACAAAUGGACUGGACACCAGCUGGGCAAGGAAGGAAGCCAUCAAGGGUUGCUGGCAAACAUUGCAAACAGCAGCACCAGCAGCAAAACCACCUAUUCAUUUUCUGGCUCAUAAGUGAAAUGAUACACCACUAAGGGUAAAAUAAGGGUAUAUAACAAAAGGUGAAAUUUAGUUUAGUACUUGAGUUCUGCCAUAAAACUGUGUUAUCUCCAGGAGCAGGGGAACAGUUAAAUUUGGGGACACUCAUUUGUCAAGUCUGCUGGGUUGGAUGGGUUAUCUCUAGGGUUUCUUAUUUAUUUAAUGAGAAGUCGUGAGCCUGCUGCCACAUAUGUUAUGUGUUCUGUUCUCUUUCGUUAGCUGUUAUAUCUAGCAGUAUGAGAAAGACUGUUGUUGGCAAGCCAAGCCUCCAUGCUAAAAGGAAAGUGAUUACAAGUCAACUUAUCACAUAAUUAAAUUACAGACUUAUCUUACAGUUUUAAUAUUUGUGUGUUGUGAAGUGUGAAUAAUAUUAAAACAUGUAGACAUGUUUUAGUUUAGACUUACUUUAUCUUUAUUAUUUUAUGUGUGUGCGUGCUUGUCUGCAUGUAUGUGUGUCUGUGCACCACGCACAUGCCUGGUGCCCAAGCAAGGCAGAAGAGAAUGUUGGGGCUCCUGGAACUGGAAUUAACACAUGUUUAUGAGCCACCCUGGGAGUGCUGGGAACUGAACCCUGGUCCUCUGCAAGAGCAUCCAGUGCUAUUAACACCUGAGCCAUCUUUCUAGCCCUGCAAAAUUUUUAAUAAAAUGAAUAAACACAUUUGAUGAGAGGCAGUGAUUGUUUUGGAGCAGAACUGAAGACCUGGUGUGUGAGUGUAGUGGAUCCUAUGAAAGUCAAGAGUGAUCCAGAUUUGGUUUUUGCUCAUGCAGUAACUUUCCUGGUACUAGGGUGGAGCGCAGGGCUUCACCCUCGCUGGCAAGAGCUCUUUACACUGAGCUCCCUCUUGUGUUAUGUCUUUUUAAUAGUAUAAAGCACUGAAAUACAAGGAAGUUUUCAAUGUAGGCUUACUGGAAAUUUUGCAUUAUUUGUAAUUUUAGUCCACUAUCAGGAAACUCUCUAGUUUUAUUUUCCAUUACAAUCCUCAUGUAAUAGCUACCCAUAAACUAUUAAAGAUGCAAUCCACUCA